AUGUCUAUGCAAAGCAGUAAUUUAAAAGUUACAGAACUACCUUUAUCACAGAUAAGAAGACCAAUUGCACCAGUUUUGGACUACCAAAAAAUCGAUGCUAUGGUUUCGACUAUGAAAGGUGUGCCAAUGGCAAGUAAAACUUGUUCGUUGGAACAAGCUACAGAUUUCAAUGGUGAACUGCCACCUAUCGAUGUGAUGUGUGUAAGAGAAAAUGGACAGAGUUUUUAUUUUGCAUUUGGUGGUUGUCACAGAUUCCAAGCUUAUGACAGGCUAUCAACAGAGUUAAACGAUCCGAAUGUUAAAGUGAGAGUCAAGUUGAUCCCAUCGACAAGACGUCAAUUGAAAUUGUACUGUGGACUAAGUGUCGAUAACAUGUUUGAAGAAGUUGAUAAGCAGGUUGACUCGUCAUCAGCUCCACAAUAG